UUCAAGAUCACCCGCAAUCCCAGCACCACUCUUCUCGUCGCACAGUCAACAUGGCCGCAAAGGUAGCAGACGAUGUCGCCAACCUGAAGUUGGACGACUCUCAGAGCAAGCCAGCCAACGGCGCGGCGCCAAAUAGCGACAAGCCCACAGCCGACGCAGAACACGAAGACUCAGAUGACGACAAUGAAGCCGAGGAUGGUGCACCAGAGGCCGGUGAAGGGGCAGCCAAAAAGAAGAAGAAGAGAAAGCCUAGAAAGAAGAAGAAGGCUGGUGCUGCAGGUGCGGGCGGACCCAAAGUCCAGACGGCACCACCUCGAGUCCGUGUCGACGAGCUCUUCCCCAACGACUCAUAUCCAGAGGGUGAAAUCCAGGAAUACGUCAACGAGAACUCGUAUCGAACCACCAACGAAGAGAAGCGCCACCUCGACCGCAUGAACAAUGACUUCCUUACCGAAUACCGCAAGGGUGCAGAGAUUCACCGUCAAGUACGACAGUGGGCGCAGGGCUGGAUCAAGCCUGGCAUGUCGCUGACUGAAAUUGCCGAGGGCAUCGAAGACUCAGUCCGCGCUCUGACGGGACAUCAAGGCCUCGAGGACGGAGAUGCGUUGAAAGCGGGCAUGGGCUUCCCCACUGGUCUCAGCAUAAACCACUGCGCUGCCCACUACACGCCAAACGCAGGCAACAAGAUGGUUCUCAACUACGAGGAUGUCAUGAAGGUCGAUUUUGGUGUCCACAUCAAUGGUCGUAUUGUCGACAGUGCCUUCACCCUGACGUUUGAUCCCGUCUACGAUAACCUCAUCAACGCGUGCAAGGCUGCUACAAAUGCCGGUAUCAAGGAGGCCGGUAUCGAUGUCCGCAUGAGCGAUAUUGGUGCUGCUAUUCAGGAAGUCAUGGAGAGUUACGAGGUAGAAAUCAAAGGCCAGAUGCUGCCCGUAAAGUGUAUCAGGAACUUGAACGGACACUCCAUCGGCCACUUUACCAUUCACGGUGGAAAAACGGUACCUAUCGUCAAGGGAGGCGACCAGACUAAGAUGGAAGAAGGUGAAACUUUUGCCAUCGAGACCUUUGGUAGCACAGGAAAGGGUUAUGUUCGGGACGACAUGGAAACCUCGCAUUAUGCCAAGAUAGCAGAUGCACCCAAAGUCGCCCUUCGUGUCUCGUCAGCAAAGACACUACUCAACUCCAUUACCAAGAACUUUGGCACCCUGCCUUUCUGCAGGAGAUAUCUUGAUCGUCUGGGCCACGACAAGUAUCUCUUGGGUUUGAACAACUUGGUUAGCGCAGGUAUUGUAGAGGCAUAUCCGCCGCUGUGCGACAUCAAGGGAAGUUAUACCGCGCAGAGUGAACAUACUUUUGUGCUAAGGCCAACAUGCAAGGAGGUGCUGAGCCGUGGUGAUGACUACUAGGCCAUUCGUCCUUAAAAACAAAAACAAAAAGUCCAAAGGGAGGGUGGGCAUAUCAGGUUUUGAGAAAUAGCAGAGAGCUACAUUGGAAAGUGAAGCCAACGACGAAAUAUCAUUACUAGGCAUGUUUUCAUUUUGUCUUCUCCAAAGAAAAGGAAAAACAGCAUUAUGAAGAUUAUGUGUACAUACUCGAUUAAGAAUAAAGUGAAAAUGAAAGAAGAACAUUCAUGAAUAU